GAGGGGGGGGGGGAGGGUGGCGCGGCGGCGGAACGGCCCGGGCCGGCCGAGCAGCCAUGGGCACCGGGGUGCCGGGCCCCCCGAGAGCCAAGGUUCCCGGCCGGAGCGGGGGACGCCCGGGCUGCCAGCCGCGCUGACACCGCCUCGGACGAUGUGAGCCGGCGCCUCCGCCGCUGCUUCGCGGGCAGGGCGUGCGGUCCCACCGGCCCCGCCGCCGCCGCUUUUCGAAUCUGGUUGGGGGCGACCGGACCAGGCCGCUGGAGCUUGGGAAGCGGGGCUGGCUGUCUUGGGCAGCUUGAUUGGUGGAGACGACCCACACGGGGGCUCGGAGAUCCCCCCUCCUUUUUUUUUUUUUUUUUUUUUUUUUUUUAAGCGGCCUUAACUGUCUUUGGCAGCUUGGUUUUGGGGGGAGCCUAUAAAAAAGGCCUUUGGGGGGGGUUCUUUUUUGGGGGGAGGGGGCGGUGGUUCCGACUUGGCCCGCCGCCUGUUGGAGGGGGGGAGCGGGGAGCGGGGGCAUGCGAGCCCGGCUCCCCCCAUCAUGAUGAAGACGGAGCCGCGGGGGCCCGGGGGUCCCCUCCGGAGCGCCUCCCCGCACCGCAGCGCCUACGAGGCGGGCAUCCAGGCGCUGAAGCCGCCCGACGCGCCGGGGCCCGACGAGGCGCCCAGCAAGGCGGCCCACCACAAGAAAUAUGGCUCCAACGUCCACCGCAUCAAGAGUAUGUUCCUGCAGAUGGGCACCCCCGCGGCGGGGCCGCCGGGCGGCGAGGCGGCCGGCGCCGCGGGCCCCGCCGCCGCCGCCGCCGAGGCCCCGCGGGCGCCCGAGCGCGGCGGCGGGUGCGGCGGCGUGCGCCUGUCGCUGCCCCGGGCCGGCAGCCUGAACGAGAACGUGGACCACAGCGCCCUGCUCAAGCUGGGCACCAGCGUGUCCGAGCGCGUGAGCCGCUUCGACUCCAAGCCCGCGGCCUCGGCGCAGCCCGCCGCGCCGCCGCCGCAGCCGCCGUCCCGGCUGCAGGAGACGCGGAAGCUGUUCGAGCGCAGCGGCGCGGCGGCCGCGGGCGGCGACCGGGAGGCGGCGGCGCGGCGGCUGCUGCGGCAGGAGCGCGCCGGCCUGCAGGACCGGAAGCUGGACGUGGUGGUGCGCUUCAACGGCAGCACCGAGGCCCUGGACAAGCUGGACGCCGACGCCGUGUCGCCCACCGUCAGCCAGCUCAGCGCCGUCUUCGAGAAGGCCGACGCCAGGACCGGCCCCCACCGCAGCGGGCCCGGCCUCCCCAGGGCCACGGCCGCCGGGGCGCCGCCGCUCAGCUCCAAGCUGGUCAGCAAGCGGUCCCGCGUGUUCCAGCCGCCGCCGCCGCCGCCGCCGCCCGCCCCGUCGGGGGAUGUCCCCGCCGCCGCCGAGAAGGAGCGCGGCCCCGGAGGCCAGCAGCCCCCGCAGCACCGAGGGGCCCCCGCCCGGCCGCCCCCCAAGCCCCGGGAGGUGCGCAAGAUCAAGCCGGUGGAGGUGGAGGAGAGCGGGGAGUCGGAGGCCGAGGCGGCGGCGCCGGGGGAGGUGAUCCAGGCGGAGGUGACCGUCCACGCGGCCCUGGAGAAUGGCAGCACCCCGGACCCCGCAGCCAGCCCCCCCGCACCGCAAGAGCCCAAGGCCCCGGGGGCCCCCGAGGAAGAGGCGGCCGCCGCCGUGGGGGCGCCCGAGAGAGGGGUGGGCAAUGGCCGGGCCCCAGACGCGGCCCCGGAGGAGGCGGAUGAGUCCAAGAAGGAGGACUUCUCCGAGGCGGACUUGGUGGACGUGAGCGCCUACAGCGGGCUGGGGGAGGACUCCGGGGGCAGCGCCCUGGAGGAGGACGAUGAAGACGACGACGAGGAGGAGGAUGGGGAGCCCCCCUAUGAGCCGGAGUCGGGGUGCAUGGAGAUCCCGGGGCUGUCGGAGGAAGAGGACCCGGUUCCGAGCCGGAAGAUCCAUUUCAGCACGGCGCCCAUCCAAGUGUUCAGCACCUACUCCAAUGAGGACUACGACCGUCGAAACGAGGAUGUGGACCCCAUGGCGGCCUCCGCGGAGUAUGAGCUGGAGAAGCGGGUGGAGAGGUUGGAGCUGUUCCCUGUGGAGCUGGAGAAGGACUCCGAGGGCUUGGGCAUCAGCAUCAUCGGCAUGGGGGCCGGGGCGGACAUGGGCCUGGAGAAGCUGGGCAUCUUUGUGAAGACGGUGACUGAGGGCGGAGCAGCCCAUCGGGACGGCAGGAUCCAGGUGAACGACCUCCUGGUGGAGGUGGACGGAACCAGCCUGGUGGGAGUGACCCAGAGCUUCGCAGCCUCCGUGCUCCGGAACACCAAGGGCCGUGUGCGGUUUAUGAUUGGCCGGGAGCGGCCCGGUGAGCAGAGCGAGGUGGCUCAGCUAAUUCAGCAGACCCUGGAGCAGGAGCGAUGGCAGCGAGAGAUGAUGGAGCAGAGAUACGCCCAGUAUGGGGAGGAUGAUGAGGAGACCGGGGAGUAUGCCACCGACGAGGAUGAGGAGCUGAGCCCCACGUUCCCGGGUGGUGAGAUGGCCAUCGAGGUGUUCGAGUUGGCAGAGAACGAGGAUGCCUUGUCCCCUGUGGACAUGGAGCCCGAGAAGCUGGUGCACAAGUUCAAGGAGCUCCAGAUCAAGCAUGCUGUGACGGAGGCAGAGAUCCAGCAGCUGAAGAGAAAGCUGCAGAGCCUGGAGCAGGAGAAGGGGCGGUGGCGGGUGGAGAAGGCCCAGCUGGAGCAGAGUGUGGAGGAGAACAAGGAGCGCAUGGAGAAGCUGGAGGGCUACUGGGGCGAGGCCCAGAGUCUGUGCCAAGCUGUGGACGAGCACCUGCGGGAGACCCAGGCCCAGUACCAGGCCCUGGAGCGCAAGUACAGCAAGGCCAAGCGCCUCAUCAAGGACUACCAGCAGAAGGAGAUCGAGUUCCUGAAGAAGGAGACCGCACAGCGCCGGGUUCUGGAGGAGUCGGAGCUGGCGAGGAAGGAGGAGAUGGACAAGCUCCUGGACAAGAUCUCAGAACUGGAAGGAAACCUGCAAACACUGAGGAAUUCCAAUUCUACUUAGCGGGAAUCUUUCCUUGACCAGACAAUAAUUAACCCCGCCCAUUGUCCUCCCUCCCGUCCUCACCAUUUCACCCCACCCCCUACCAGCCUGGGGACAGGUGCCCCGACUCCCCCACCCCUCUGCCCCACCUCCCCCAGCUUCAGGGACCGGAGGGCCCAUAUCACAGGCCCCGUUGUGGUGGCCCUGGGCAGACGGGUGGCUGGCAGGAUGGCCUCCUCUGCACUUGAUGGGGCUGAGACAGAGGCCGAGGGAUGCUGAGGGCUGGCCUGGGUGGUGGAUGGACGCGAGGAUCUGCAGACCAAACUGCCAGACUUUACACCCUCCAGCCUUUGUCUCUGGACUGGAAUGGGGCUGGGGCUCCCCCAGCAUUUCACCACCUGGAGGCUGCUCCCUGCCCACGCGGCUCCUUGACUUGAGAUUCUACCUUCUUGGCUCUUCCCCGCCCCCAUCUUUGUGCUGUCUCUGUUUCACUCUGAUCCUCCUUCUGGAAGGGGUUGCCUCCACACCUCCGCCCAUCCCUGUCUCCUCUCCCAGGAGGGAUGGAGUCCACCCCAGCGCCCGGAGGCUGGGCCUGGCCCUGCACUGAUUUCUCACGUACCCUUCAGGAAAAGGGGAGUAGGAGUAGGGAAAGGGGGGCAGAAGCCCUCAGUUUCUCCGUGUGCCUCCCCCCUGCCCUUCCCUGGUGCCAAAUAGCCAUAACCUCCUCCUGGAACUGUUCUGUGGCCUCACUGGGGUCGUUUCCUGUCCAGCGCUGGGAAUUCUAGGGAAGAGAGGGAAUCCGCUUAGGGGCCGGCUGCAGAGACCUGGUCUCAGGCAAGAGAAAGCUUUCUCACUUGAGAGCCAGGCCUGCCCUGCCCAGGGCCACACAUGGAAGCCUUGUACUAACCCCAGAGAUUCAGCCUCGCCCACCCACGCCCACACCCACACCCUUCCAAGGUUUUGACUGGAGGGCAACCUUUUACUAACCUUUUUGGAGACCAGGGCUGCCCUGCUGACAGCCUGCUUUCUAAGUGAAACUGACUCGUUUCCUCACUUUAACCCCAAAUUGGGGCUUGGACCAAGGGAGGUGAGGACCACCUCAGGUCCCCCUCCCCUUUCAGAAUCCAUCUCUCAUUCUGCCCCUCCCCCAUGCCCCUGCCCCAGCCUGGGUUUUUGGCUUCUCCUCGUCCCAUAUAAAUAGACCAUGCCAUCUAUCAGUAUUUCCUCCCCCUCCCCUUCCUGUCUCCAGACGUUUUCCUACCCCUGAAAGAGCUGGCUGUCUCAGUGCCCCGCCCACGCACUUCACCUAUGCCCUCGCAGAUGGAGGGGGCGGGGCCAGGCAGGUGGGGCCGAAGGCGCUUCCGGUUUCUCUGGCCAGCGCCCCCAUCCCGCCCUCUGCAGGACUGCGUCUCUGUAUAUAAUAUAUAUAUGUAUGUAUUGUUUCCGGUUUUGUACGGACCAUGCCCUCUGUCAGGUCGUCCCCAUAAAUGCAGCCCCCAGA